AGGCAGGAAGAUGCACUCGUGGGGAAACCAGCAUUCAUGCUCCAUCCCAUUUAACAGCUGACUCGAGAGAGAGAACAUCCAACCUGCCACCCCCGGAGAGAACAGAUGGAUCUAAAUAAAUUUCACUUUUAACUCCUGCGAAAAGCGGCUUCAGUUGAGCAUUUUCGUCAGCCGUGCGUCAACUUCUAUUGCGCGCGAGCGGGGAUUUGUGAAGGGACGCGCACCUGCCUUCAACUGAUAUCGAGAUAAUUUAGACCUCUUCCGAAAGGAUUGUUUUCCAUUGCGGACAGUUGCUCGGAGGAUUUCAAAGUGUUGUUCGGAUACCAGAAGUGUAACUCAUGUCAGGACACAAAGAGGAUUUGAGAGGAGGAAACAUGUAUGGCUGAAGGAUGAGGGCUCGGAGUGUUGGUCCUAGACCGCCUGACCUGAUGCUCUUAUGGGAGGGUCUCCGCUGGGGUUGUGUGCUCGUCUCUCUGGCUGUGUAUGUGGGCUCCGUGGAGCCGCUCGGGUGGCUGCUGUCCGAUAAAGGUCCUUUCCACCGCUCUCAGGAAUUCAUUGAGUUCACCGAGCGAUACCAACACGGCUUCACAACCAGAUACAAAAUAUACAGGGAGUUUGGCCGAUGGAAGGUCAACAGCCUUGCUGCGGAGAGACAAGAAGGCAAUGGGGUGGCCGUGCCCUUUGACCCCGACUUUAUCCAUAACAUUAGACUUCUGGGGAGAAGGCCAAGCCUGCAGAAAAUUACUGACACCAUCAUUAAGAAAUACGGGACUCAUUUCCUGCUCUCUGCCACUCUGGGAGGCGAGGAGUCCUUGACCAUUUUCGUGGACAAAAGCAAGCUUAGCAGAGGUCAGCAGAAUGGUGGUGCCUCCAACGCUACAUCUGGUUCGCUGACCCUCGAAGCCCUCCACCAACUGGCUGCAUCCUAUUUCAUCGACAGAGACAGCACACUCCGGAAGCUCCAUCACCUCCAGAUCGCCUGCACCGCUAUUAAGGUAACUGAGACCAGAACCGGCCCUUUGGGCUGCAGUAACUAUGACAACCUCGACUCCGUCAGCUCCGUUCUGGUUCACAGCCAGGAGAACAAAGUUCAAUUGCAAGGACUUCAGGCUAUUCUGCCUAGUUAUUUAAGUAGCAGCUUUGUUCAGGCUGCCUUAGGCUACAUAGGCUGCAAUGCUGAAGGCCAGUUUGUGUGCAAAGACAAUGAUUGCUGGUGCCAAUGCAGCAAGGAGUUUCCCCAGUGUAACUGCCCCGAGGCUGAUAUCCGCUCCCAGGAAAGCUACCUGGAGCGCAUGAGGGAGGCCUGGAGACAGGAGAAUCAGGAAUUUCAAGACUCAGAUGAGUUCCAGAGCUUCAUGGGUAAAUUACCAACACAGAGCGCUCUAAAUUCUUCAAGAAUCCAGCAAUUGUGGAGGACGGACAGCGCUCUACAGCAGCGCUACAGGCAGCUAGAAAGCCGCGUUAGCCUCCUGCUCUCCAAGACACGACGAACUGCUAACAAGCUCUUCAGCCUCAGCAAGAGAUGCCGCAUUCGGCCCAAAAUAGUGUCUCUAAGGGAGAGACCAUUGGGCUACUGGCUACAGUUCACCCUGUCCGUCCUGUACUGCAGUGAGAAUAACCAACUGGGAUUUUACACAGAGGAAUUACGGACUUGUGCCUGUCCGUACGAGAACCCCUCGUGCCAGGGUGUCAUCCCAUGCGAAGUCGGUGAUGGCCACCGUUGCGCUUCCUGCUCCGUGGACAACCGCACCCGCUGCUCCAGCUGCAACCCAGGUUACGUUCUCAGUCAUGGAGUUUGUAAAUACGCUGUACCCAACCCCACAGACCACUACCUGGGCUUUGAGACAGACCUACAAGACCUGGAGCUACGCUACCUACUGCAACACCGAGACGGCCGCAUCACCACGCAUGCGAUCUUCGUCAGCAACGACGUGCGCCUCAAUGUUUGGUUCGACCCAUCUUGGAGAAAGAGGAUGCUGCUUACGCUAAAGAGUAACAAGUUCAAAUCCAACCGUGUUCAUAUGCUCCUGGGCAUCUCACUGCAGAUCUGCAUGACCAAGAACUCCACCUUAGAGCCCGCACUGUCCGUCUACGUCAACCCUUUUGGCGGAAGCCAUUCAGAAAGCUGGACUAUGCCCAUCAAUCAAAACAGCUACCCGGACUGGGAGAAAACCAAGCUAGACAUUCCUUUGGAUUGCUUCAAUUGGACCUUGACUUUAGGCAACCGGUGGAAGAGCUUUUUUGAGACUGUUCACUUUUACCUGAGGAGCCGCAUUCGGACCGAGUCCUCUCAGGGGAACGACACGGUCUACUUCGAGCCUCUAGAAGCGAUGGAUUCCUCCCAGAACUUAGGAUACAUGAAGAUCAACAGCAUGCAGCUGUUUGGUUACAGUAUGCACUUUGAUCCCGAGGCUAUUCAGGACCUGAUCCUACAGUUGGACUAUCCGUACACUCUGGGAUCUCAAGACUCUGCCCUGCUGCAGCUAAUGGAGAUCCGAUACCGGGUCAAUAGACUGUCUCCUCCUGGACCACUGCCAUUAGAUCUGUUCUCCUGCCUACUCCGACAUAGGCUCAAACUGUCGAGCUCCGAGGUACAGAGAAUACUCUCCUCACUGCAGACUUUUAGUGCCAAACAGCCGUUCUACAAAGAGUAUGAACCUGCGAAACUUUGUAGUUAGAAAAGCAAACUAAUUUAUUUUUGCCAUUGAUGUUUUGCUUUACUCGCUGAGAAGUUAAUUUAACUGUUGCCGUUUGAUAUGAAGUCAUUACUGUUCAUAGACUUGGUACAUAUUUGAUGUCUUUGGUUCAAAUGGUAGUUCAGACUAAACAAAGUUUUGCACAAUUUUAUCAACUCUGCCAUGUUUGAAUUAAAUAAAAUAGGCAAAAAGACCUAGUUAAAAAAAAUCUAACAUUUUGUUUUGUUUUUGAAGCUGACGGAUUGGGUUUGGCUGGAUCCCAACUCUGCAAUAGAACACAAGAAUGUAUUUUUAACAAAAAUGUUCCAUUCGCAAAUUAGUUGGAAGUCAAUCUAACGAAACUCCUCAAUAACACAUCAAGAUAUGGAAGGUGGUUUCCAUCACAGAAUAGUAAAAAUGAAAGAUAAUUGCGACUUUUAAUCGUACAAUUCUAACGUUUUUUAAGCAACUGUUUUCAGCGUUUAUAAUAAUAAUAUGAUAAUAUUUCUUUAGCAGCAAUAUUAGAAUGAUUUCUGAGUAAUGAUGCUGCAAAUUCAGCUUUGGAUCACAUCAAUAAAUUACAUUUGAAAGUAUUUAAAGUUAUUUUAAAUUACGUAUAUUGAUAUUUCACAAUAUUACUGUUUUUUAUCAAAAUGCCUUGGUGAGCAUAAGACACUUAUUUCAAAAACAUUAAAACAUCUUACCGACACCAAAUGACUAUAUAUGUAUACAUUUAUAUGAAUUUAGGGAAUGUAUUUUAAAUCCAGUCCUGUAAGUCUUGAAAGAGAAUACUGAAGUACACCAUUAAAAGUUCUAUUGGCACUGACAGCAGAGGUGCUGCUAUUCCUUCAAAUGUGUAAUCCAGAUCUACAGCAUAAAGAUAUCAGCUGAAGCGAACAAGCUAGUAAUGGCUUAUAUUCAAAUGAAUGGUGGAUAUUCAAAUGAAUUAAUUUGCUGAAAUACAUAAAUAUGUAUUGAUCUGUCAAUGGAGGGCAAUUUUCCCAUUCCUGAGAUUCAUUUUAAAAUUCACGCCAAAAUCAGAUUUGCG